UGCAUGAUACAGUAACUGCGCACAAUUCGUACUGUAUAUACUGCAAAACACGCACCGUCGACACAGUAUCAAUGCCCCGCCAAAACUGCUGACUACCCCUCCACCGGCAUUCGGAAGUUUCCAACUCUUCUCGAACCACCCCAUUCUCCAGAAAAUCUCCGUCAUCACCAUCCUCCAAAAAGCCAAAAGCCAAAAGCAAAAGUUCCCUCCCCUCCCCCAAAAGACAAUGGCCGACGAACAACCACCAGCCCUCGCACAGGGUCCCACGACCAUCAGGGUCGGCACGCGAAACUCGCCUCUGGCCCUGGCCCAGGCGGACAUUGUCGUGGCGGCGCUCCAAUCCGUGCUGCCGGCGUAUUCGUUCCCCAUCUCCGGCAUGACGACGACGGGCGAUCGCGACCAGAACACUGCGCUGUACAACUUUGGCGGCAAGGGGCUUUGGACGACGCAGCUGGAGGACAGGCUUGAGGCAAACGAGCUCGACAUCAUCGUCCACUCGCUAAAGGACAUGCCCACGACCUUGCCCGAGGGCCUCGUGCUGGGCUGCGUCACCAAGCGAGAGGACCCUCGAGAUACGCUGGUGCUGAAGAAGGAGCUCGUCGACAAGCACGGCUGGAAGACGCUCGCCGACCUGCCCGAAGGGAGCAUCAUUGGCACUAGCAGCGUGCGGAGAAUCGCCCAGCUCGCCCGACGAUAUCCUUCCCUCAAGUUCAAGGACCACCGCGGCAACAUCCAGACCCGGCUGAGGAAGCUGGAGGAGGACCCAGAGCUCACGGGCAUCAUCCUUGCGGCGGCGGGCCUGCAGCGCAUGCAGCUGGACGCUCACAUCUCACAGUUCCUCGAGUCGGACAACGGCGGCAUCCUGCACGCUGUCGGACAGGGCGCUCUGGGCAUCGAGUGCCGAGCCGGCGACGACAAGGUGCUGGCCGCGCUCAAGAUGAUCGAGGACAAGAACGCCGCUCUGGCAACCGUAGCCGAGAGGAGCCUGAUGCGAGCCCUCGAGGGUGGGUGCAGCGUUCCGAUUGGCGUCGAGACCAAGUGGGUUGAACCGGGACAGCUGAGGCUACGGGCCACGGUCGUGUCGGUCCAGGGCACAGAGGGCGUCGAUGGCGAGGCGGUCGAGCCCAUUACCACGGCGGAGCAAGCCGACCAGUUUGGAGCAAAGAUGGCCGCCGAUCUGGUCAGCCGGGGUGCAAACAAGAUCCUGGACGACAUCAACAAGAACAAGCCGGCACCGCCGCCACCUCAAUGAUUGGAAUGAAUGAAAUGAAAUGAACUGCUGUACAACAACAACACGGGAAGGGAAAAACAAAAAGAGAGGAGAGGAAAACUGCAUCGUCAUAGCUCUUGAUAUUUGACGCCCGCUGAUAAGCCGGGCCUAGCAAACCAAAAAUGUAUACCCUCAUCUGAAUGUAAAAAAGGAAGAUACCGUAUGAGCCCACCCACUUUGUAUGUUAUAUAUGUUACCUAUAAUGGUACACCAAACGCGACCAAGUUUCCCUAAUGUUAAAAAGAACCCAAAAAAACCAUCCAUUCACCCUCCUCCCCUUGGUCAGGUUGAACUGUUUCUACGCCAUGCAAAGAAUUCCCACCCCCUCAUUUUCAACAAAGAAGGAUUAAAAAAAAGAAAAACAAGUAGUCUCUCUCUCUUU